CUGUUGUGAAUAGCCUUGUACCGUGUGAUCCUUGUGAUCAUUCACAGAUUUCACAAGUAGUAAACAAUGAUGUCAGGAAGUGACAUCUUGUUUACUACUAUUCAUGUGAUCACUGAUUGGCCAAUCAGUAAUCACAUGAAUCGGGACCUCACACAGAGGUCCUGUACAGCAAUCCUCUGGACACAGCGGGCACCGAUCGAGGUGUUUUUAAUCUUAGGCUGGCCAUACACUAUACAAUUUUCUGUCCAAUUUCUGCCCAAUUUCCUUUAGAUUUACCUUCAACUAUGUAUUGUAAGGGCCUGACUAA